UCUCCCUCUCAGAUAUAAGCGAGCAAACCAUUCCAAUGCUCCACACCACUACGCCACAGGAGGAGCUUCCUGUUUCCAUUUCCUCUCACAAAAAUCACUUAUUAUGAACACACGAAAAGACAUGGACCGGAUCAAAGGCCCAUGGAGCCCGGAGGAGGACGAGGCUCUGCAGAAGCUGGUGGAGAAACACGGGCCCAGGAACUGGUCCCUCAUCAGCAAGUCCAUCCCGGGCCGCUCCGGCAAGUCCUGCAGGCUCCGCUGGUGCAACCAGCUGUCCCCCCAGGUGGAGCACCGGGCCUUCACCCACGAAGAGGACGACACCAUUAUCCGGGCCCAUGCCCGCUUCGGCAACAAGUGGGCCACCAUAGCCCGCCUCCUCCACGGCAGAACUGACAACGCCAUAAAAAACCACUGGAACUCCACCUUGAAGCGCAAGUGCACUUCAACCAUGAUUGACGACGACAACACUCCCCCGCUCAAAAGAUCCCUCAGUGCCGGCGCUGCUAUUCCAGUCUCCACUGGACUCUACAUGAACCCUCCCACUCCUGGUAGCCCCUCUGGAUCAGAUGUGAGUGAGUCCAGCGUACUGGUUGCAUCCUCCUCACAUGUUUUCCGACCCGUGCCUAGAACAGGCGCGGUUCUACCACCCGUAGAAACAACAACGACUUUGUCUUCCAAUGACCCUCCAACCUCACUUUCCCUAUCCCUCCCCGGUGUUGACUCAUCCGAAGUUUCCAAUCGAACAACUGAGCCGAUUCAUGCCGCACCUCCUCCGCCGCCACAGCCACAGCCACAGCCACAGCCACAGCCGUUGAAUACUAUCCCUUUGCUCCCAAUGAUGACGGUGCCCUCGGUUUCUCCGACGGGGAUAGCGCCGUUUAAUUUUAGCGCAGAGUUUCUGGCGGUGAUGCAGGAAAUGAUAAGGAAGGAGGUGAGGAGUUAUAUGGAGUUGCACAAUCAGAAGAAUGGGAUGUGUUUUCAGGCUGCGGUGAAUGAUGGGUUUAGGAACGCUUCGGUGAAGCGUAUUGGAAUUAGCAGGGUUGAUUCGUAAAUAUUAUCAUCGAAGAAUGGAACAACACAAGUAGAGAUGAGGAAAAAAACUAAGAACCUGUUUUUUUCCCUGUUUUUUUUUAAUCAAUGUUCUUAGGCAAUAAUUUUGGUUGAUGUACAGCGAGACAGAACUCUCGAUCCCUAAAGAGGCUGAAUGGAAAUUGGAACGAAAGAGGGAGAUAGAUGUUACCCAUUAGAUAAAAUCUGAAAUCUCUGUUGUAACUUUUUGUAUCCUCUCUAUUGGUCCUGUUCUCUUUUGAAAACAAAAAGAAAAAAUAAUCUUGGAAUAAACAAAUUCCUCCAAAUCUCCUUGUAAUAAUAAAUCUAUUUUCUUCUUUCUAAA